AUUAAUACUUAAUAUCAGUCAGGGACAUGUGAUAUAGCCUACUCUGUGAGCAGUUCUUGAUCUUAAAAACAACGGAAAUUAUACUAUAAUAGCCUAUCACUUGCAGUCUCGUCGGUGGCUAAUGCAUCCUAAGCCUCUUGUUGACUUAUGCAUAGACUUUGUGGUGCAAGCAACGGUGUAUUACCAGCGUUACUGUCAAGACGAUGAGAUGGUGUGGAGUUCCGUGGGUCAGGUGUGGGCGGACCUGUGGUAUCUGCCACCCAGCAUCCCCAGUCGCGCUACACACCUCCUCCACGCCCACCUUCUCCACGCCCAACUCUUACAUGGCCACUUAGAAAGUUACGUUUAUGAUAUAACCCGCCCUCUUUUGACCCUACUGGCUGUCAGGGCUCGGAAGAUCGCCAUCGUGCCAGUCGAUCGGCAAUUUGCGAGUCUCUCUUCUCCUGCCAUUUUCUGUGAAUGUGGCGUGUACAAAGGAGAACACCAGCUUCAAGAACUGGAUUUAACGGGCGUGGAUCUCGGGUUAGACAUGAAAGUGCUGUUAGCUCUGUUGCCUGUGUGCCCUGAGUUGACCGUGCUCAAGCUGGGCGGCAACACAACGCCUGACGUACUACAGGCUGCCAAGACCUGUCCUCUCACAGUCCUGCACAUAAGUGAGCGGUCUGCUAAGGACCCUCGAGUUUCUGAGAGUGAUUUAAUGGAAAUAAUUAUUGGUUCCAGGAAUCACAAUCCAACGGAGCUACUGAGCAGUAUUCGACGAGGUAGAAUGAUAGAAGCAAACCCAACGUGGCCGCAGAUGUCUGAUUUCUCUACUGGGCAUUGUAAAGUGCAGCAAGACUUUCUGCUACUGCUUCUUGCAGUUCUUACGAAACUAAAUAACUUAUCAUGUAAAUCAUUAGAUCUUCAGAAGGUUAUCUGCGCUUUUGAUGAUUUGAUCAAAGAAUCCCCAAAACAGCUCAAACUUUCCCUGAAAUCAAACCAGUUACUUGCUAAUGAAGAUUUUCUGGAUACUUUGUCACGCGUUGCACCCGACAUUGAAGAUGUGAAGGUGAUUUACAGGAGAAGAAGUAUACAAAAUAUCGCAAGUGACAUCUUGACUCUCCAUGACAACUUCCCAUCCCUAAAAGCUCUGCACAUUUUUGGAAUGAGACACGCUAGUCAGAGUGAACCUUCUCCAGAGGUUUUUGCCUGCAUUGGAAUUCGGCUUAAAAUUCUAGAACUUGACGAAAUAUGCCUUAGAGAUAUACCAUCGUUGCUUCAAGUAUGCCCUCUUCUUCAAGAUCUAACGCUAACCUUUAAGCACGGAAUUAAGUGUGAUCACACUGGUCUUCCCGAUACGGCACGCUUCGAAAACGUGAUCACUCUCAACGUCAAAUCAUCCCGAUUAAGACAAGAGCCUCUGAGCUUCCUCCUGAAAAUGCUUCCAAAUUUACAAACAAUAGCUGUUCAAGGCAGAGUAGAUAACGUAGAAUUAUUUUUGGGUUAUCUCACUCAACUAACAGAAUUGAGAACUGUGAAAAUGACAGAGCUAGAAACUUUGGAAGUUGCGAGUCUUUGCGAACUGCCCAGGAUGGUCAGUGAUCGACGGCCUUGGGAACUGUACGCUUCUCCCCAUAUCCUCAAUCAAUCAGACAUCAAGACGCUACAAAAUUGUGGGUGGACUUAUAUACCUUUCAGGGAGUACACAUUUAAAAUCGGGAACUUGUAUUCAUUUUCCCUACGGCACGUAGCGUGGAAUUGAAAUUAUAGCUCUUGAAAUAAUUGGCUCGGAUACUUUUAUCAUACCUAAGUUCAUGAACAAAUGAUUUCCCAGUAUCCGUCUUUGUGCAGUCAACCUUUUUUUAAUGUGUUAGAAAAGUUAUUAUAUGCAUGUUGUUAUUAUUUCAAGUGUUUAUGAGUAUCUUUUAAACGUAAACAUUUAACUGGUAUAUAUAUUUUUCCUGUGGCCCUUAACUCUAAUGUUAACCUGUACAUAUAUAUUUUAACAUAAUAUAUAUUAUGUUAACCUAUAUAUAUAUAUAUAUAUAUAUAUAUAUAUAUAUAUAUAUAUAUAUAUAUAUAUAUAUAUAUAUAUAUAUAUAUAUAUAUAUAUACAUACAUAUGCGGAAACCCACAGAGAAAUGGGAAGGGAAAUGUUGAACGUUUCGGCUGGUAAGAGCCUUUCUCAACAAAAAAUUAGUCGGUUGUAUAUAUCAAACAGUUAUUGUGAUCAAAUAAAGUUCCGUCCACUUGAAA